UCGCGCCAAAUAUUAUUAAAACUCAAUUAAAAAGAAUAUUUAAACAUCCCUGAAUGACCACACCCCUUAAAAGACCCAUAGAAAAAUAAACCACACCCUUAAAACCCUAAAACACGCAGCGGAACUUUAAAACAACCCUUAAAACCACCAUAACCCACACCGCUACCUUGAAAAAUCCAAGACUGCAAACUUAAACCAAGAAAACACACAAAUUUCACCAAAACUAAGCAAGAAAUCUGAACCAAACUCCCAGAAAUUGAAGACAGAACACUAUGCUCUGUGUGGGCGUGGCGGCGAGGCGUGGGUGGGCGUGGAUGGGCGUGGGUGGAAGAUUAUGUAGUACGUCUAUGAUUGAAGAAGGGAGAGAGAAACUAAAGGAACUGGGAGAGGGAGAAGUGACUCUAGAGAAAGAUGGAGAGUCUGGGGUGGCCACCAUUACCCUCAGGAACGCCAAGAGGAGGAAUGCUCUGUCAGGCAGAAUGAUGGUCCAGCUGGCAGACAUCACCCACACUCUCUCCGCCUGCCAAGACACAAAGAUCGUAACAUUACAAGCUGAUGGUGAAUAUUUCUGCUCGGGAGGCGACCUAACCACUGUCCGGGCCAUUUGCAACCCUAGAGAUGGCCUGCUCAUGUCCACCCUAAUGCACGACACCCUCACACGCCUGCACACCCUCACAGCACCCUCGGUUUGCCUCGUACAUGGACCAGCGAUAGGAGGCGGCGCAGAAUUGACAACAGCGACAGAUUUUCGAAUAUUUACCGAAACUGGGAAUAUUAGCUUUGUGCAGGGGUCUAUGGGGGUCGUGACUGGGUGGGGGGGUGGGACUAGGCUCACUCGACUUGUCCACUACCCCACGGCACUUGACCUCCUCCUAACUGGCCGGAAAAUCGAGGCGGAAGAAGCUAUAAAAAUCGGACUCGCGGAUUUUAUUGUCGAUUCGGAGACGAGAUUUGCUGCUGUGGGUGAAUGGGUGAAGGUCAGGUCAGGUCAUGUGGGUGAGGUGGUGCGGGGGUUCAAGACGAUCACUAUGGGGGCCCGAGACUUGCCGGCGGGGGAAAGCUUAGCGGAGGAACGGGGGGUUUUCUCUCCACUAUGGGGUGGGCCAGCUAACUUAAAGGCUCUCGGUAAGAAUAUCAAGCAUAGGUGAAUGGAAGGGAGAGAGAGAGAGAAAUGGUGAUAAAUGAGGGAAGUAUGAGGAAAUAAUGAUAAUAAAUGUUGAUAAAUGAGGGAAUUGGAGAAAAACAGCAAUAAAUGAGGGAAAUAUAAAGAAAAUAAUGGUAAACGUAGAAGAGAAAUAGAAGGAACUGGUGAUGAAUGAGGGAAUAAUGUCAAAAUUGAUGAUAAAAUGAAGGGAAUAAGAGAAAAUAUAUGAUAAAUGAAGGAAUAAUAGCAAAAAUAGUGAUAAUUUAAGGAAUAAGAGAGAAAAAUGAUAAUUACAAGAAAAAAAAACAAAAACAAA